AUUUCCAAUCAACUUCAUGAGCUCUGCGCCAUGUGCGAAAAGAACUUGAACCUUCAUGAAAUUUUGACGAUGCUAGAAGAUGAAGAGAUCCAAGUGCCACCUGAUGAAGAAAUUGGCGUAUAUAUUCAGCCACCAAUCAAUGCAAAUGAUGAUGUCACUGAUGAGGAUUCUGGGGAUGAGGACAUGACUUCAAUCCAUCAUCUUCCAGGAAACCAACUAUUGGCCCCGGCUGAAGUUUCCCAAGAAUUUGAACUGAGUGACAACAAAGAUGAAGAGGAUCCUUCUUUAUCACAACCAACCUUACCCUCUAGUUCAGCGAAGAUGGACAUAGCACAGCCACCAAAUAAAAAAGUAAGACGAAUUCAGAAUUUCACUGAAGAGAACCAGCAAAAAAGACGCAGACUUGCCUGUAACCUGCUAGAAACAUUUGGUAAAGGGUGCGCGUCAAAGGCUGGACGGCCAUCGAAACAAUCAAAAGUGGACUCCAGGUUUGACAGAUUGGACCACCUUGUUGUUCCUCAGGAAAAGCAAACGAGAUGUGGGCAUUGCCAUGCCAAGUGCACUACCAGAUUGCCAAAAGUGUGA